CCACCUUUUAUGCUCACGCAACAAAAUGGGGCAGGUCACGUCCGUGUUCGACCCCGACCCCGGGACGCAGGGCAAGCCGCACAACUACACGGUGCCGCGGUUCCCGUCGCUGUACGCGCCGAGUAUCGCCUCGACGAUCCAGCAGCGCGGCUACUUUCUGCACAAUGCGGAGGCAAUCUGGCGCUUCACGUUCUACUGGACGCUCAUCCUCUUCCUCGGGACGUUUCUGGCCUGCGCCGCGCUCGCCAGCGCCAACAUUAUCCUCUCGCGCGCGGUGUUCGCGCCGGGGCACGAGAAGGACAAGGGCGGCGACGAGGUCGAGAUGCGCCCCGUGUCCUCUGGCGGAGGGCUGUUCGCGCGCGCGGCGAGCGCGGCGUCGUCCGUCGUGCGGCGGCGCCAGCGCACGCGCCGCCGCCCGCCGCUGUACCUCGUCCUCAUCAUCCCGCUGCUCAUGGGCGCCAUCGCGGCCUUCGUCGCGCUCGUGAGCGGUACGGUGGUGGGCUUCGCCCUGGCCGCAGUCUACUCGUCUGGCGGGUUCUCCAUGUCCACAUGGGUGCCCUUCAUGUGGGCGCUUAUCCAGGUCGUCGUGCUCAUCAUCUCAAGUUACUCGUCCCUCACUCGCAUCCUGUAAACCCUGCGCGAUUGUGCACCUCAUAGACUGUUCUGUUGCCGUUGUCACUCUCUUCCUGUAUGCAUUGUUGUUAGCAUGUGCA